GGUUCCCCUUUGGUUUCGGUACUGGUAGUAAUUGCAGUGUUUGAAAUGACGAUAACAUCCUUACAUUUUUGACCUUAUAUGGAUUUGUGUGGAACCGUGUUCUUGUAAACAACGAAGAGGCAGUGCCACUGUUGAGUCGGUGCAGUUAGUUACUCCACGCAAUUUCUCAUUUUUAUCUUCUAGUGAUUUCCGUUUUUAUCUUUUAGCUAUAUGUGUUUGUGAUUGUUUGGAGUAUGUGAAUGUGAUGGAGACUUGUUAAUCCUAGUAUAUAUAUGGUUAUGCUUGCGUAUCACUUCUUGUUUGGGGAAACCGAGGUUCUUCUUUGUUGUUUUGCCAUCAUAUUUAUGUUUGUUUUUGUUGAUGAUAAGCAACAGGAGAAGAGUGAAGCAGAAGAGGAAGAAGAAGAAGAUGAUGGAUGAAAUGACCAAGAAUCAACCUUCACACUGGUGGUGGCUUGAAACCACCACCACUAACCGUUCCCCGUGGCUUCAAUCCACUCUUUCAGAACUAAAUGAGAAGACAAAAGCUAUGUUAAAGGUAAUUGAAGAAGAUGCAGAUUCCUUUGCCAAGCGUGCAGAGAUGUACUACAAGAAGAGGCCAGAGCUUUUAAGAAUGGUUGAAGAUUUCUAUAGGACGCAUCGCUCGCUAGCCGAGCGCUAUGAUCAAGUCAGACCCGAAACUGGAAUCGGCCUACUCAAUUCAGGAGGAUCCCCAUUUGCAUCGGCCAAGCAUCGGUUCGAGAAGUUGCUGACUUUUGCAGAUGAUCAUCGUGGUUAUGAUACUUAUUCAGAGAGUUAUGAUGUGGAAUCUGAAGUUGAUGAUCCUGAGCAAGAAGUAGAAGAAGAAGAAGAGAGCAAGUCUAAUCACAAAGAAGAGGUGGAAGUUUCAUAUGUUGCUGUGAAUGAUGAAGUGAUAAGACUGAGGGAUGAGAUGAAGAGACUCAAUGAAGAGACCAAGGCACAGAAGGAUCAACUCAAGAUGAAAGAUUCUGCUUGUGAUGAAGUAAUGAUGCUGAGGGAAGAAAUAGAGAGGCUUAAAGAAGAGAAUGAGGCACAGAGGGAACAACUCAAGCAGAAGGACGAGGAGAAGAUAGAGGUGAUAAGGCAACUGAGUAUGGCAAUUGAUGUGAUGAAGGAGGAGAAUGUGAAGAUGAGAAACUUCAUUGUUGCUAAGGAAUCCACCAAGAAAUGGAACAAGAAACCAUUUGAGUUCAACAAAUUUGUGGGAGAAUUGUCUGAGAAAAUUUUCAAUUUCAAUUUCAAUGUGAUUCCAAAGAAUGAGCCUAGUGUGGAGCUCUCUAGACGUGGUUUAACUAGUUUGCAAAUAUCUUAAUUCUACAAGAACUGUGUUAUAAAAGGGUGUCUAUAUGUUUGUUAGGUAAUUAAGCAAGAAGCCUAGGUUAAGGAAUAUUUUUUUAAUACGAUGUAUGUUACUAUUCUUAGACUCUAGUAUGUUGUGUAUUAGUUUUAUUUCUACAUGUAUUGUACUAUUUAUUGUUUAUGUAUUCAAUUGUUUCAUUUUUCUUUA